AUGUCACUCUCCUCGCGGAUGUAUGCGCGCUCACCGAAUUUCUGCUUUCUGAUUUGCUACCUGACGACACCAGCGACCUACUUCGCCCACACCCAUCAAGUCCCAACGCAAUCCCUGUAUAGCCUCUCGCCGUGCGAGCAAACGAUGAUCCUGGUGAAACUAAUCCUCGACCUCCUGCUCCACCAAGCCCAAAAGCCUUUCCCCCUA